ACCAUCAAACAAGGCUACCUGUCCUGUUCUCGUACUGCAGCGAGUAUUUAAGAUUGUUUUCAUAACCGGUAAAAACGAGAAUAUAUAUUCCUGUUUGUUUUGGCUCCGUUAAAAAGAUGAUGCGGCUCUUGUCUUCCGGUGUGGUUUGGAAAUGCGGCUGUUUGCUUUCACACCGUUUGAAGCCGAAGCAGACGAGCAGCUUCGUGAGUGUUCGAGGCUUCAGUGACGGGACUCGAGACGUCUCGUUGCCAAAUCCAGACAAACCUGAGGAAACCCAGAGUAUAGAUUUGGACAAAUGGAAAUCCGUGAUGAAAUCCCAAGCUUUGUUGGGGAAGAGGGAAGUGGACGGGACAGACGUCCUCGGGGAUGAUGAACCACCGGACAGUCCGGAGGUGCAGGCGGCGUGGCGUCUGUUCACCAUGUGGCGGGAAGCCGGGAGGGUCGUACCGGCGGAGAUAACGGACGAACAGAUUCAGACACUCGCAGAACUCCCGUCCAAGUCCGCCAAAGUCAAAUACCUGAAGUUUCUGUUCAUCAAGGAGGGACACAAGCUCAAACAAAAGAAAAAGCAGGAGCAGAGGCGGGCGGAGAAGGAGGUUCUGCUGAGUGAACAGAAAGGAGCUCAAACACUGCAGAAUUCUUUCCUCCUCAACGUCUGGUUUCAGGUCCUGGAGAAGGGGUUGUUAUGGAGGGUUGCCCAGGCGAUGCAGUUUGGACAGCCGCUCAUCUUUGAUAUGAGUUAUGAGUCCAACAUGAACAGUCGUGAACUGGCAAACUCGGUAUCUCAGCUCAUGGAUGCGGAAGCUUGGAACAGACGUGCCGCUGAGCCUUUCCAUCUGUACUAUUGCAACCUGCAGCCAGACGGGGCCUACGCAAAGCAGCUGGUGAAACGUUACACUGCAGAGGGUUGGAAUCGCCUGUUGCUCACAUGCACCGACCGCCAGCAUGUUGACGUGUUCCCCCGUGAGAACCUUGUAUAUCUGACAGCUGACUCCCCCAACGUUCUCCACACCUACGACCACACCAAAGUCUACAUCAUCGGUGCAAUGGUGGACCGUUCUAUACAGCCAGGUGUGACUCUGGCCAGUGCCAAGCGUCUUAACCUGGCCACCGCCCGUCUACCCCUGGAUAAGUAUCUUAACUGGAUGGUUGGUGGUAAAAAUCUGACUUUGGACCAGAUGAUCCGCAUCAUGCUGACUGUGAAGGAGACGGGUAAAUGGGAAGAAGCGUUUAAGUUUGUGCCUCAGAGGAAACAUGGUGGGUUUCACCAGCAGCAGCCUGUAAAAUCAGUUGCUAGCAGCAGCAGACUCAGAGAACUUGGUCAUCAGGGUGUGAGAAUGGCUGCUGAGAGUUCAUCAAGGUUUGCAGAAAGAAAUGGUGGUAGGAUAAACAAAGAGGGUCAGAGUCUUUAUUUCCAGGAGCAGUCAUGGUCACCAGGUGUUACCAGGGACAGAAUGCAUAGGCUCACUAGUGAUGGAAGGAAUGAGGCACCUGUGACCAGGACACAAACGUCCUCUCAAACAGACUCCCCAAGAAAAAGAGUUGCAAAGAGACGCACUGUGUGGUGGGACAGUGAGUGAAAUUCAACAACAUAGUUGAACAGAUCAAAGCACUGACUGACAUUUUGGAAAAGGAUAAAUGCUUGUAAUUCUUUUGUCACCUGCUUUUAUCAGCUGUAUACUACACAAUAUUAAAAUCUCAGAAAAAAUAAAAGUUAUUUCAAAAGGCAGCAACUAUUUUGAUGUGGGGGGGGACUAUCUUAAAUGUGCUGCUGUAUUUUUGUACUUUGUGUAAUUAUUAAUCUUAGUUUUGGGAAGAACAAAUAGAAUCAACAAAAAAAGUUGAUUGUAACAUCUGGCUUGUGAUUACAUAUCUGUGCACUGCAAUAUAUUCAUUCAUUUUCUGUACGUGCUUAUUACAAUUAAGGGUCACAGGGGAGUUGGAGCCUAUCCCAGCGGCCAUUGGGCAAGAGGUGGGGUACACCCUGAACAGGUUGCCUCUCUACAACAUGGCCGCAUAUAGGACAUGAGAACUCGACCCCAGUGUGACCUGGGCCCACGGAUACCCCUAACCAUAAUUCAGACAAACACGUUCCCUCUCCCACUAGGCUAGAGUUUCCAGUUCACUUAACCUGUAUGUCUUUGGAGGUGGGAGGAAGCCCACACAAACAAGGGUAGAACAUUCAUAUUCCACAUAGAAAGAAAACAGGUGGGAAUCAAUCCCUUGACCUUCUUGGUGUGAGGCAACAGUGCUAACCAUAAAGCCACUGUGCUGCUGAUUUUAUGGACAUUUGAAUUUAAUAUUGAAAAUCCCAUUUCAUUAUGCAUUAUAUCUCAAUCAAAAGUGCCUCAAUCACUCAUUUGUGACAAUGAGGUGCAAAUUGGCACUCUCAAUGAAUAGAAUAAUAGUUUGAUCUGAAUUUGUAUUUUAACAUUGCAAAGCCCUUUUGAUCUGUAUUUUAGCUUUGGAAAAGCCACUUCUAACAGUGAAGUGUGCAACUGGAAAAUAGUGUUGGUGGAGGUUUGUGCUCUACAAGCGCUGUGCUCUAUUUUUUGUGACUGUGCAAGAAGAGUGAGGAAAGCCACUCAGUCAGUCAUUCAGUUUUUGCGAACUAUCUAUACAGAGUUAUCAUUAAGUGCCACACUGUUUGUAUUUCUUUAAAACUGAUGUAAAUAAAGUCCAAGACAUUCAGUGACUUGGAAAUGUUCAUGUAUCCAUCCCGA